AUGGCGAUCGAGACCCCUGCGCCCGCGUCCCCGACCGCCUCGCCGUACUCCUCCUCCUCCCCGGCCGGCCGCACCCUCUCCGCGGCCUUCGCGGAGGACCGACGCCGCGAGUCCAAGAUCCGCGCCUCCAACCUCCUCCCGGGCUGCGGCGGCCGCUCGCCGCAGCACCCGCGCGCCCAGCUCGUGUCCAGGCUCCUCCAACGCUGGGCCUGCCUCCCCAAGACCCACGUCCCUGUCCGCGCCCGCGCUGGCACCCCUACCCCGCCGCCCUCGCACCGUCGGCCGUCGUCCGCGUCGACGUCGACGCCCCAGUCGGCGCAGGUGCACCGUCGGCCGUCUUCCGCGUCGACGUCGACGCCCCAGGCGGCGCAGGUGCACCGUCGGCCGUCGUCCGCAUCGACGUCGACGCCCCAGGCGGUGGCACGCCAGGACCACGCCGGCGUGCCGAGUGUCCCCGUGAGGAGGCCUUUGAGGGAGAGAGAGGAUGCCGCCGCCAUCGGCCUUGUGCCGACGCCGACGGGGUCCGAAGCCAGUGCCGUGUCGACUCCCGAAGUGGUUCCCGGCGAUGGGAGCAACUGGAGACGCGAUACCGCCACCACCGUCGCGAGAGGAGCAAACAUCUGGGUGAGGGCUUUGCGCAAGCCGUCUCUGCAGGUGGAUUCCCCGCAGCAGUCGGUUGAUUCGCCGAUCGCGGCGGACGACAUGUACGUAUGGGCGGACAAGUACCGGCCCAGUGUACUCGGGGAAUUCAUCUGCAACAAGGCCGUCGCCGACAACCUCCACCGGAUGGUGACCGAGCGCCAAUGCAGCCAUUUCAUAUUUGAAGGGGCGCAGGCGGUCGGUAAGAGAAGCAUGGUGCUGGCCCUUUUAAGGGAUGCCUUUGGUCCUGAUGAACUCAAGAUAGAGGAACAAACAAAGAGAAUCGAGAUGAAGGGUGAAAUUGUCAAACACAUUGAUCUCAAAGUAAGGAUUUCUGAUCAUCAUGUGGAGGUAAACUUGGCUGAUUCACACGGCUAUGAGAAGUAUGUCAUAACUACUUUGUUGAAUGAAUCACUACCACCACCGGACUUUAUUUGCACUCAUGCCAACUGCAAAGUGAUUGUGGUCCAUGACGCUGACAGGAUUUCUUCUGAUCUUCAACAUUAUAUCGGUUGGUUUCUGGGGAGGUAUGCAGGCUGCAAUAAAAUUAUUUUCUGCUGCUCCAGUUCUAAAAACCUUGAGGCUGUGGAACAUCUAUGCAAGGUUAUCACACUUAAACCACCUUCAUUUGAUGAGAUAAUCAAGGUUCUAGAGUUCAUUGCUACGCAAGAAGGCAUAGAUUUGCCUGAUGGAAUUGCUAGUAGAAUUGCUGCGAGCGCGAGUAAUAAUCUCCGACAGGCAAUACGUUCUUUUGAAGCUACAUGGACAGCAAACUAUUCAUUCACAAAAGACCAGCCUAUUUUGACUGGAUGGGAGGAGGAAAUUAACAAUGUUGCCAAAAAAAUCAUGGAAGAGCCAAGUCCAAAGCAGCUGUAUCUCAUUCGAGGGAAGAUCAGAAAAAUGAUUGAACAUAAUGUGUCACCUUAUUUCAUUUUCUGUCACUUGGUUACCGAACUGAAAAGGGACAGGGAUGAAGAUUUUCAGAAUAGUAUUGAUGAACUGGCGUCGGAUUUGAACCGAACAGAGCAGUGCAAAGAAUACAAAUCUCAGGACACAGCUUUGGUCAAAAGAGCUAUCAAUAUAGAAGGUUUCACUGUUGAGGGGCCUGACCAAGGGGAAGCCAUCCAAUGCUUCAUAAAGAUUGAAGAAUUCACCGUGAGGUUCAUGAGCUUCUACAGGUCGUUAAUAGCGAAGAAUUCGAUCAGAGGAGGUGUUUCUUGAGGAGAGUGAGAUAUCGCUCUCCAUCGCCAAAUCCUCCUGUGCCAGUACUGUCGCACUGUUGGUAAAUAAGCAGUGGUGUGUGCCUCUGAAUCAAACCCAGGUCGCUUUGUGUUCUAAUGGAAAACAAACCUGUCUUGUGUGAAUGCAUGAUCAUGCAUAAGCCCCUUAUACCCGUGAAUUGUGAUGUUCGGGUUUGUAGAAAAAUAAAUUUGAUAUGGGGUACUUUGUGUGAUCUGACAAUAUUAUCAUACGGCUGUUUGUGAUGUGUUGAAACUGAUCA